ACCCACCACAGGAGACUGGGGGACUUCCAUCUUUCUGGAUUUACUAUCAUUUCUCAAAUAUUUGUGCACAAAGAAGACCAAAAAUUUUUUUGGUGGGAUUACUAAACUCGGAGCUGGUCCUUAAUCUGGAAAUUUUGGUAACAGCCUAUAGUCACAUGACUCAGCUGCUGAUUUACCUGAGAGGUUGAAGACUCAAAGAAGCAAAAAUGGAUCAAAACCUGUUUGGAGGAGUCCCCAGGUUUCUCACCCGCCCUAAAGCCUUCACAGUGGGUGUGGGCAAGGAUGCUACACUCAGCUGCACUGUUGUUGGCAACCCAACUCCAGUAAUCACCUGGGAAAAGGACAAGCUCAAGCUUUUGUCUGGGGGCCGCUUUAAAACUGUGGAAGAUGGAGACAUCUACCGUUUGACCAUAUAUGACCUCACGCUGGAGGACAGUGGUCAGUACAUGUGUCGAGCCAAAAACAACAUCGGGGAAGCUUAUGCUGCUGUGACCCUGAAGGUGGCCCUCCAAACGGAGAUGUCUCAGAGGGCCCCCGUUUUUAUGGUGAAGCCCACUUCCACACGAGUGGCUUUAGGAGGAGAUGUUGUUUUCCACUGCCGGGUUGUGGCUCACCCUGAGGCCACCUUUGAGUGGGAGAAGGACGGGCGCUAUCUAGGGGAAACAAACCGCAUCAAAAUUAUGUCCGACAGCGAAAGCAGCACCUUAAAGAUUCAAGGUGUGCGCAACCUGGACAGCGGCACAUACAUCUGCAGGGCCCAGAACUCUGUGGGCCGCUCCCAGGCUGCUGCAGCUCUUGUGGUGGAUACUCAGGAUGCUCGCUACAUGUCUGCAGACAAGAGUACCUCUCUCCUCUCCCACAUGCAAAAGCGCAAAGAGGAAAUGAAGAAGGACAUCUCCAUCUUUCGCACAGAGGAAAACAGCUCCCUCUCCAAAGCCAACAUGACCGAUGCCCUGUGUUCCUUGAGCCUGGAGCAGGAACUGAGGGCGUCUGCGCUGGCCAGUCUACCUAAAGGUGUUUUCACCCGCACUUGCACUGUUACUGAGGGCAAACAUGCAAAACUCAGCUGCUUUGUGACGGGUCACCCCAAACCACACAUUAUCUGGAGGAAGGACGGAACUAACAUCAGUGAGAGUCGCAGGCACGUCAUUUAUGAGGAUCAAGCUGAGAACUUCAUCCUCAAGAUCUUGUACUGCAAGCAGAGUGAUAAUGGUCUCUACACAUGCAAUGCUACCAAUAUGGCAGGCCAGACAUACAGUGCUGUACUGGUUACAGUCAAAGAGCCAAAGGUGCCAUUCAAGAGGAAACUGCAGGAUGUGGAGGUACAAGAAAAGACCUCAGCCACACUCAUGUGUGAGGUGCCACUCCUCGCCACUCAGACCGACUGGUUCAUGGAAGAAACCAGGCUGGAGCAAAACACCAAAUAUCGCAUGGACGAGGAUGGGACUCUGCGUCGCCUUACCAUACAUAAUGUCACCACUAAUGACGAUGGGGUUUAUAUUUGCGAGAUGAAAGAGGGCAGCCGCACUGUGGCUGAGCUCACUGUCCUGGGUAACAUCACAAAGAAGCUUCCUCGGAGGACCAUCGUUCCAGUCAGUGACACCGUCAUCUUUUGUGUUGAGCUGGAGCAUCCUUAUCCAGAUGCCUACUGGAUUCGCAAUGGCGAGAAACUGAAGGAAGAUUCUCGUACUUCAAUUGCCUGUGUUCUUAGACAGUACACAUUAACAAUUAAAGACUGCCAGGCAAAUGAUUCUGGAGAGGUGGCCUUUGUAGCUGGAGAUUGUAAGACUUCAACACAAUUCUCUGUUACUGCUCCCAGGAAGCAUCCCCCUGAUCCCCCAGUCGAUGCUGUGGUGCAGAACAAGACUGACUCAUCCAUCACCAUUCAUUGGUCUCCCCCUGACAGUGACCGUCCCGUACCCAUUAAAGGAUACAUCGUGGAGAGGAGGAAGGUUGGUGCUUCUACCUGGCAGAGAUGCAAUGCUGGAGAAAUCCUCACAACCACAGAGAUCACCAUAAGUAGUUUUGCAGAGGAAGCCAGCUACCAGUUCCGAAUUUCUGCCACAAAUGACUUUGGUCAGAGUCCCUUUCUGGAAGUACCUGGCAGCUUUUACCUUGAACCCACUGCAGAAAUCAGGAAGGGCCUGAUGAACAGCUCUGCAGUCUCUGGAGAGGAAUUCUCCAUCUCUGUGGAGCUGUCGGCUGUUUGUUCAGGCUUCUGGUCCCUAAAUGGACGCCUCCUUCGGAGUGGAUCAGAAUAUCUUAUCACCAAAUCUAAGAACAUUCACACAUUGCUCAUUCGAGUUGUGACCAUGGAAAUGAAUGGAACCGAAAUCAAGUUUGUGGGUGGAGGUUCUCAGAGCAGUUGCAUCCUAUCUGUGAAGGCACCCCCUAUCAGGUUCACCAACAAAUUCGACCAUCCAGAGGUUGUGACCUGCAGCGUCCAAGAGACGGCUCAACUGAGUGCUGAAGUGUCAGACUAUGAAACUCAGGUGGCUUGGAUGAAGAAUGAGCGAGAGGUGAAAAUGGGGAAGAAGUAUGAAUCCAUUAUAAGAGAUCGUAAGAGAAUCCUGAUGGUUCACAAUGUGACAGAGGAAGAUGUGGGUCUUUAUGAGUGUGUCUUAUCUGAGGAUAGGAUGUCAAUUCAACUGACACUGAAAGAUGAGCCUGCUAAAUUUCUCAAUAAAGCCAGAGGCCCCAUGGGAUUGUCAUCAUCCCUUAAAGGAGAUCUUGAGCUGACCUGUGAGGUGUCUUCUGCAAGUGCUGCUGUUGUAUGGAAAAAAGAUAAAGUUGAAAUUAGUGAGGACCAAAGAACAACUAUCAUCUCCAAAGGGACCCAAAGGAAACUUAUCAUUAAAAGUGCCAAGAAAAAUGAUGAAGGAUAUUAUUCUUGUGAGACAGCAGCUGAUAAAGUCACAUUCCAUGUCAAGAUAAAAGAAACCCAAGCAGUAGCUGCAUUCUCCAAUAAAGAGUCAGUUCAGAGGGAUGUCAAAGCCGUCCUCAGCCAGAAAUCAACACUUAGCUGUGAUGUGUCAGACACUAAGACGGAGGUGAAAUGGUACAAAGAUGGAAAGUUGCUGCAGUCAAGUAAGAGAAUAUGCUUGGAGGCCAAGGGGAGCACCCGUCAGCUGGUGAUAGAAAACAUCGAGAAGACUGAUGCUGGAGAGUAUACCUGUGAAGCUGGAGGGGAUAAACUGGUCUUCAAGAUAACUGUAUCAGAGGCUAUGUCUGCUUUCUGCAACAAGGAGUUAGUACAGAGGGAGGUGAAAGCCACUCUCUCACAGAAAACCACCCUCAGCUGUGAGGUAGCGGACAUGAAGACAGAGGUGAAAUGGUACAAAGAUGGCAAACUCCUGACUUCCAGCAAAACGGUUCAAACUGAAUCAAAAGGCAAGAGCCGCCAGCUGGUGAUUGACAGCGUGGAGAAGAAAGAUGCAGGAGAAUACACCUGUGAGGCUGCGUCUGAAAAGAUGAGUUUUAAGAUCGAUGUGGCAGACGCCCAGUCUGCCUUCUUCAACAAGGAGUCGGUCCCGAAGGAUGUCAAAGCCACUGUGUCUCAGAAAGCUACGAUUAGCUGUGAGGUGUCUGAUACCAAGACAGAGGUUAAAUGGUACAAAGAUGGCAAGCUGCUCACUUCUAGUAAGACAGUACAUACAGAGUCAAAAGGCAGAAUUCGGCAGGUUGUGAUAGAGAGCCUGGAGAAGAAAGAUGCUGGAGAGUACAUCUGUGAGGCAGGUGCGGAAAAGCUUUCCUUCAAACUCCAAGUUGAAGACGUGCAGGCCCAGUCUGCCUUCUACAAAAAGGAUUCUGUGCAGAAAGAAGUGAAAGCCACUCUUUCCCAGAAGGCCACUCUGAGUUGUGAGGUUGCUGACAGCAAGACAGAGGUGAAAUGGUACAAAGACGGCAAGCCGCUCACUUCAUCCAAAACAAUCCACACUGAAUCAAAAGGCAAGAUUCGCCAGCUGGUGAUUGAAAGCGUGGAAAGAAAAGAUGCAGGAGAGUAUAUUUGUGAGGCUGGGUCAGAAAAGCUGGCCUUUAAGUUGUAUGUUGAAGAGACCCAGCUUAAGUCAGUCUUCUUCAACAAGGAGUCUGUCCAAAAGGAGGUGAAAGCCACUCUGUCGCAGAAUGCCUCUCUGAGCUGUGAAGUUGCUGAUGCAAAGACAGAGGUGAAAUGGUACAAGGAUGGUAAGCUGCUGAAAUCCAGCAAAACCAUACAUACAGAGUCAAAGGGCAAGUGUCGCCAGCUGAUGAUUGACAGUGUAGAGAGGAAGGAUGCUGGAGAGUACAUCUGUGAGGCCGGGACUGAGAAGCUGGCUUUUAAGAUUCUUGUGGCAGAAACUACAACUGGCUUCUCUAGCAAGGAAUCAGUUCAGAGAGAAGUGAAAGCUGCUCUCUCUCAGAAAGCCACUCUAAGUUGUGAAGUUUUAGACUCCAUAAUGGAGGUGAAAUGGUUCAAAGAUGGAAAGGUUCUCACUUCGAGCAAGGGGAUCCACAUGGAAUCAAAGGGCAAGACCCGUGAGCUGGUCAUAGACAGAAUGGAGAAGAAAGAUGCUGGAGAAUAUACCUGUGAAGCUGGAAGUGAUAAAUUGGUAUUCAAGCUGCAAUUGACAGACAUAGCUGUGAAGUUUAAGAAGCCUACCAAGGAUACAUUUAUUGUUGAAGCAAGUGAAAAAGUUGUUUUAACGGCUGAAGUGACCACAGAAGGUGGCAAUGUGAAGUGGUUCAAAGAUGGCGUGGAGAUAAAGGAGAGCAGCAAGUGUGAAAUACAAAAAGAUGAGCUUUCUCGCACUUUGACACUGAAAUCAGCAGAGACCAAAGACAGCGGAACGUACUCCUGUCAAACUCCAAAUGACAAAGUGGAAUUCAAAGUUCAGGUUAAAGAUUCAGCUUUGAAGUUUGUUGUUCCUUUGAAAGCUGCUACGGUGGAGUUAGGAGGAACACUCAGCCUAAUUUGUGAGCUAAAUCAGGCCUCAGGGGAUGUUCUCUGGCAACACCAGGGCCGUGAAAUUAAACCUGGAAACCGGCACUGUGUCAGAACAGAUGGAGCUAAAAGGAUCCUCACUGUAACAGCAGUCACGAAAGAAGAUGAAGGGGAAUACAGCUGUGUGUGUAAAAAUGACAAGACCUCUGCUAAAGUAACUUCUAAAGCACCAAGACUCGUGAGGUUGACCACUAAACUGAACAACGUCGCCGCAAUGGAGGGAAAGGAUGCCAUUUUCAAAUGUGUAGUCACUCCGGCUGACUCCAAUGUUCGGUGGUUCCACAACAAUAUACCCAUCAGUGCUGGGCCCAAGUACAAACCUGAGCAUGGAGGUGGUAGCUUUGUACUAACCAUCACCUCAGUCACACAGAAAGAUGCAGGAGAAGUUAGUGUUGAUGCAGAAGGCAAAAGCUGCAAAGCAACUCUUCAAGUUCAGCGUGAACCUGUCACUUUUAAGAAAAAGCUGGAAAAUAUGACAGUGGAAGAACAGGAUGAAGUAAAACUGGAAGUAGAGCUGAGUAAGCCUUCAGAUGAAGUCAAGUGGAUGAAGAACAGUGUUGUUGUGCAGCCCGCAGGAAACAUAGAGAUCCGAGUGGAAGGAGCAAAGCAGGCUCUAAUUUUCAAGAGAGUAACUUAUUCUGACCGCGGGAUAUACUCUUGUGAGACUCUGGAUGACAAGACUCAAGCAAAACUCACUGUUGAGAUGAAGAAGAUCCAGGUAAUAAAAGCUCUAAGAGAAACAAAAGCUCAUGAAACAGAGACAGUGACUCUUGAAGUGGAGCUGAGUCAAGCUGAUGUUGAAGGCUCGUGGACCAGAGAUGGGGCCAAGUUAAAGUCAGGGGCAAACUGCCGCAUCACAACCGCAGGAAAAAAGCAUGUCCUGACACUUUCCAAUCUGAAGAGAGAGGAUGCUGGGACUAUUUCCUUUCAAGCAGAGGGAGUCCAUACCUCAAGCAAACUGAUUGUCACAGAACCUCUUGCUAUGAUCUCCAAACCCAUUAUGGACAUCAAUGUUCCCGAGAAGGAAAAGGCAACAUUUGAAUGUGAAGUGUCUAGGAACAACGCAGAAGUUAAAUGGUUCAAGGAUGAUGUUGAACUGAAGCCAACAAAGAACAUUGCUAUUCAUUCCUUUGGCCAAAAGCGCUCAUUAGUUAUCAACAAAUGCACGCCUGAAGAUGGAGGCACUUACAUCUGUCGCACAGCUGAUGAUAACACCUCUGCUAAGCUCACUGUGCAUGCAAGAGAUAUCAAGAUUGUUAAGAAGCUAGAAGAUGUGGAAGCGGUGGAGAAGGAGAGUGCUUCGUUUAUCUGUGAAAUCUCUCAUGAUGACGUGGAGUACCAGUGGUUCAAAGGAAAUGCUAAAAUUAAAGCCAGCGAAAAUGUCAAGAUAAGACAAGAGGGCAGAACAUAUGUACUGCUGUUUAAAUCUGUAACUCCUGAAGACAUGGGUGAAAUUAGAUUUACAGCUGAAAAAGCAUCUUCAGCUGCAAAACUUAAAGUGAAAGAACUGCCUGUCAAGUUUGUGAAGAAACUCAGGGAUAAGAUAGCGAUGUAUAAGCACCGUGCUCAUCUUGAAUGCCAAGUGUCACGUGCCAGUGCAAAAGUGAAGUGGUUCAAGAACAAGAUGGAGAUCAAAGCCAGCAAAAAGUAUGAGAUCAAAGGUGAAGAUGUGUACCGAAAGCUCACCAUCAAUGACGUGGAUUCUGGUGAUGAAGACAUGUAUACCUGCGAUGCUACAGAUGACAAGACAUCCUGUAAAGUGCUUGUGGAAGAACAGUCCAUCAGUAUUGUUCGGGAACUCAGUUCUGUUGAGGUGACAGAACCCUUUGCAGCUGUUUUUGAAGUUGAAGUCAGUAUGGAAUUAGUGAAACCUCCAAUUUGGACUUUGAAUGGAGUUCCUGUGCAGGAGGGUGUUGAUGUUGAGAUGGAGAAAGAAGGCACCAUGCAUCGUCUCACUUUUAAAAAGACCAAAGCAUCAAUGACUGGACCAGUUCAAUUCACUGCAGGGAAAAGCAAAUCUCUUGCUCAGCUCACAGUCAAAGAGCGCCCACUUGAAAUCACUGAGCAUAUCAAAGAUAUAAAGGCAAAUGAAAAAAGCUCUGCUGCACUUGCUUGCAAAUUUUCUGCCACACCUAAAGAAGUGAAGUGGUUCAAAGGUCAGGUUCUUCUGGCAGCAUCAGAUAAAUACAACAUAAGACUGGAUGCUGCAAGGGCUCAACUUACUGUUCAAAAGUUGACUGAAGAAGACAGUGGGGAGUACCGCUGUCAGUCAGGUCCUGCUGAAACCAAAGGGACUCUAACUGUUGAAGUCCGAGAAAUAAAGAUCACCAAGCAUCUAGCUGACACAGAGGUUGAUGAAGACAGCGAUGCAAUGUUCACGUGUGAGAUCAACUACACUGAUGAAGAUGCACAGUGGCUUCUUAAUGAGAAGGUCCUGUUCACCAAUGAGGUGAACACCAUCACACAUGAGGGUAAGGUCCACAAGCUCACACUGAAGAACUUGGCGCCUCAGGAUGGGGGAACUAUCACCUUUCAAGUACGCAAAGUGAAAGAAUCUGUCACACUGAAGGUUAAAGAGAAACGAGCUGUGUUCCUCAAGUCACUAGACGAUGUCACAGGAGAAGAGAAAGGCAUGAUAACUUUGACAUGUGAAGCAAACAAGCCAAGAGUUUCCCCUAUAUGGAGAAAAGAGGAUAAAGUGUUAAAAGCUGGACCAAAAUAUGAGUUCCUUCACACAGGCAGGUCUUUGGGACUGAUUGUUAAGGAUGUGACCAAGGAAGAUGCCGGAGAAUACAGUUGUGAUCUUGGCACAGAAGUCACAAAGGCAAAGGUCACUGUAAGAGAAAUUGGUAUUGGUAUCACAAAAAAACUGAAAUCCGUUGUGGUGAAUGAAGGAGACACAUGCAGCUUUGAGUGCAUUCUGUCACGCGAGAGCAUUGAUGACUGCGUGUGGUUUGUUAACGGCAAAGCCGUUAAAAAUGGAGGUCACUUUAAGAUCUCCAGUCAGGGACGGAAGUACACUCUGACCCUGAAGGAUGUGACCCCUGCUGAUGCUGGUGAGGUGGUCUUCAGCAUUAAAGACCUGAGCUCCAAAGCAACACUAAAGGUUGAAGGAAAAGCUUCAUCUCUAUCAAAUGGGCUUCAGAAUGUUUCUGUUGUGUGUGGCGAAGAUGCUGUUUUUGCCUGUGAGGUUACACAAGCUAGCUUUACUGUAAAGUGGGCCAAAGAUGGUAAAGCCAUCAGAACAAGCAAGAAAUAUGAGAUCAGUCAACAGGAGAAGCUCAUGAAGCUGACCAUUCACAAUGUGUCUGCUGAAGAUUCUGGGGAGUACAGCUGUGAAGUUGUUGGAGGUGCAACCACAAGAGCCAAACUAGAAAUUAAGGAACCGAUCCAUAAAUUCACCAAAGUGCUUGAGGACAUUCAAGCAGAUGAGCGGACCUCUGUGACCUUGCGUUGCGAAACAGCACAAACUCCAUCCACAGUGACAUGGCUGAAAGGCCACACAGAGCUCAGGGCUGGAGGUCAGUACGAGAUGUCCCAGAAGGAGAAGGUCCUAACUCUUAUCAUUAGACACCUGGAGGAGAAGGAUACUGACAUCUACACAUGUGACGUGGGCACUGCUAAAAGCAUGGCAAAGGUGACUGUGAAAGCAUUGCCAACAACAUUUGUGAAAAAGUUGGAGAGCCAGGAGGCUGAGGAAGGAGCCAGUGUUACAUUACAUUGUGAGCUCUCCAGACCUGGAGUCUCUGUGGAGUGGAAGAAAGGAACACAGGUCUUGAAGUCUGGAGAGAAGUACCAGAUGAAGCAGAAGGCCUCUGUGAAUGAACUUAUCAUAAGCAAGGUGGUUCCAGAAGACAGUGGAGACUACAGCUGUGUGUGUGGAGACCAGAAGACCACAGCCAGCCUCAAAAUCAAGGCUAAUGACCAUGCAGCAGAACCAGCGAUCUUCAAACAGAAGUUGGAGAGUCGAGAGGCUGAAGAGGGAACUAGUGUUACUUUACGCUGUGAGCUCUCUAAAACUGGAAUCCAUGUGGAGUGGAAAAAGGGAACACAGGUCCUGAAGUCUGGAGAGAAGUACCAGAUGAAGCAGAAGGCCUCUGUGAAUGAACUCAUUAUUAACAAAGUGGUACAAGAAGACAGUGGAGACUACAGCUGUGUCUGUGGAGACCAGAAGACCACAGCCAACCUCAAGAUCAAGGCCCAACCGGUGACCUUCAAACAGAAGUUGGAGAGCCAAGAGGUUGAGGAAGGAGCCAGUGUUACUUUACAUUGUGAGCUUUCCAAAUCUGGAGUCUCUGUACAAUGGAAGAAGGGAACACAGGUCCUGAAGUCUGGAGAGAAGUACCAGAUGAAACAGAAUGCCUCUGUGAAUGAACUCAUCAUUAGCAAGGUGGUUCCAGAAGACAGUGGAGAUUACAGCUGUGUCUGUGGAGACCAGAAGACCACAGCCAACCUCAAGAUCAAGGCCCAACCGGUGACCUUCAAACAGAAGUUGGAGAGCCAAGAGGCUGAAGAGGGAGCCAGUGUUACUUUGCGUUGUGAACUCUCCAAACCUGAAGUCCCUGUGGAGUGGAAGAAGGGAUCCCAGGUCCUGAAGUCUGGAGAGAAGUACCAGAUGAAGCAGAAGGCCUCUGUGAAUGAACUCAUUAUUAGCAAAGUGGUACAAGAAGACAGUGGCGAUUACAGCUGUGUCUGUGGAGACCAGAAGACCACAGCCAACCUCAAGAUCAAGGCCCAACCAGUGACCUUCAAACAGAAGUUGGAGAGUCGAGAGGCGGAAGAGGGAGCCAGUGUUACUUUGCUUUGUGAACUCUCCAAACCUGGAGUUUCUGUGGAGUGGAAGAAGGGAACACAGGUCCUGAAGUCUGGAGAGAAGUACCAGAUGAAGCAGAAGGCCUCUGUGAAUGAACUUGUUAUUAGCAAACUACUGCCAGAAGACAGUGGAGACUACAGCUGUGUGUGUGGAGACCAGAAGACCUCAGCCAGCAUCAAAAUCAAGGCUAAUGACCAUGCAGCAGAACCAGCGAUCUUCAAACAGAAGUUGGAGAGUCGAGAGGCUGAAGAGGGAACUAGUGUUACUUUACGCUGUGAGCUCUCUAAAACUGGAAUCCAUGUGGAGUGGAAAAAGGGAACACAGGUCCUGAAGUCUGGAGAGAAGUACCAGAUGAAGCAGAAGGCCUCUGUGAAUGAACUCAUUAUUAACAAAGUGGUACAAGAAGACAGUGGAGACUACAGCUGUGUCUGUGGAGACCAGAAGACCACAGCCAACCUCAAGAUCAAGGCCCAACCAGUGACCUUCAAACAGAAGUUGGAGAGUCGAGAGGCUGAAGAGGGAGCCAGUGUUACUUUGCGUUGUGAACUCUCCAAACCUGAAGUUCCUGUGGAGUGGAAGAAGGGAACACAGGUACUGAAGUCUGGAGAGAAGUACCAGAUGAAGCAGAAGGCCUCUGUGAAUGAACUCAUUAUUAGCAAAGUGGUACAAGAAGACAGUGGAGAUUACCACUGUGUCUGUGGAGACCAGAAGACCACAGCCAACCUCAAGAUCAAGGCCCAACCAGUGACCUUCAAACAGAAGUUGGAGAGUCGAGAGGCGGAAGAGGGAGCCAGUGUUACUUUGCUUUGUGAACUCUCCAAACCUGGAGUUUCUGUGGAGUGGAAGAAGGGAUCCCAGGUCCUGAAGUCUGGAGAGAAGUACCAGAUGAAGCAGAAGGCCUCUGUGAAUGAACUCAUUAUUAACAAAGUGGUACAAGAAGACAGUGGAGAUUACCACUGUGUCUGUGGAGACCAGAGGACCACAGCCAACCUCAAGAUCAAGGCUGUGAAGCUGUCUCCGCCUCCUUCUGCUGCUAAACCAGAACCCAAAGCUCAGGAGACCAAAGAAAAAACUGAAGUCCUAGGCGAGAAGACUGUUAAACAAGCUGCUCAGAGUGAAGAGACCAAAAUCCAGGCACAAGUUGUUCAAGUCGUAUGCAUUAAAGACCUGGAAAGCUGUGUAUCAGAGGAGGGAGCAAGCAUCACUCUGCACUGUGAGCUUUCUAAACCCGGAGUCCCUGUACAGUGGAUGAAAGGACCUGAAGUCUUGAGUCAUGGAGUAAAGUACCAGUUGAAACAAACUGGAUUACGUUACGAGCUACAGAUCUGUGAUUUGACUCCUCAAGACACAGGAACCUAUUUGUGCUGCUCAGAAGACAUAUUAAGCUCUGCAUCUCUUGUAGUGAAUGCCUCCCCGGUGUUUUUCACACGUGAGUUGGAAUGUCAGACUGUGGAAGAAGGCCAGAGUGCCACAUUACAGUGUGAGCUUUCCAAGUUAGGUGUUUCUUUGGAGUGGAGGAAAGGAGAACUUGGCCUUUGCCCUUGUGGAAAAUAUGAAAUUAGACAAACAGAGAACCUGGCUACUCUAAUAAUCCAUGAUGUAGAACCAGAGGACUCUGGAAGUUACACGUGUGACACUGGUGAACAGCAAAGCACUGCAAAGCUGUCUGUGAAGGCCAAACCUGUCCUUUUCAAAACUAAGCUACAAAACCUGGAAAGACAGGAAGGUGAGUCUGUUAGCUUUUGUUGUGAGAUCACCAAAGUGGGAGCCAGUGUGGUCUGGAGGUGUGGUGACAAGGUGCUGACAACUAGUAGCAAAUACCAACUGAAGCAGGAAGGGAGUGUGGUCCAGCUUGUUAUCUAUAAACUGCAGCUAAGUGACGCAGGAGAAUACUCCUGUGAUACAGGCUUCCAGAAGACUUCAGCAACCCUUACUGUGAAUGCUGCUGAGGUUCUGAUUUUGAAGUUCUUGGAGAGCUGCGUUGUUCAUGAGGGGGAAGAUGUCCACUUUGAGUGUCAGCUUUCUCAGGAGGAGACUCCACAGAUACAGUGGAAACUCCAGGAUGUCCCUCUGCAAAAUAAUGAAAUGAAUCUGAUAAGGUCUGAGGGCCGGGUGCACAGCCUCACACUUAGGGGUGUCACAGCCUCCGACUCUGGAAUAGUCACUUUCACUGUAGGAAACCACACCUCUACUGCUUCUCUCACAGUCAGAGUGCCACCAAUAUCCUUUAAAAAGGAGCUGGAAAGCCAAGAGGCCAGAGAGGGAGGAGAGACCACACUCUCCUGUGAGACAUCAAGCCCUGACUGUAAGGUGACCUGGUGGAAGGGCUCAACUGUUCUCUCUCAGGGAGAGAAGUACACCAUUCAGCAGAGAGCUACCUCUCACAGCCUGGUGAUACACAAGCUGGUCAAGGAGGAUAGUGGUGAAUAUACAUGUGAUACAGGAGACAAGAAAAGUACUGCUAGGCUUACUAUUAAAGAGCGUGUUCGCAUUGUCCGUGAGCUCCAUGAUGUUACCGUGACCACCGGUCAGGACGCCAUCUUUGAGGUCGAGCUGUCACGUGUAGGCGUCACUCAUGGGGAAUGGUGGCUUGCAGACAACCUCCUUCAAAAUAACGACCUAAAUCAAAUGAGCGUUCAGGGCAGAGUUCACCGACUGACUCUGAAGAUGGUAACCACAGAUGAGUCAGGUGAUGUUGCCUUUGUCGUUGGUGAGGAGAAGAGUGUGGCUUGUCUACUGGUCGAAGAGAAACCCAAAGUGGUAAUAUUAGAGAAACCUCAUAACACUGCAGCAGUAGAAGGAGAAACCGUCACGCUGAGUUGCUCCAUCUCCGACUCCAAUGCCUCUCUCACGUGGAUGAGGAACAGUGUGCCAAUCCAAGCGGGUAUAAAGUAUGACCUAAAGAAGAACGGUGCAUUGCAUCAGCUCCGAAUUCACAACCUGGUCCCAGAGGAUUCAGGAAUAUACAUCUGUGAUACUGGAGAUGCACAGUGUGAAGUUACUUUAACUGUGCAAGGUGCCCCAGUGUUCUUCAAGAAAGAACUCAAGAGCCAGGUCGCCAUAGAGGGUGAUGAUAUCACCCUACAGUGUGAGGUGUCUAAGCCAGGUGUCCGUGUUGAGUGGAGGAAAGGAGGUAUUGUCCUCCAACCUGGUAAGAAGUAUGAGAUGAAGCAGGAGGGGCGCAUCCAAGAGCUCUGUAUUCAUAGCCUUGAACCUGAAGACAGUGGUUACUACACCUGUGAUGCAGGAGAGCAGCUCACUACAGCUUCUUUGGCAGUGCAAGUGAAAGAAGUCUUCAUUGUUACUGGUCUUAAGACCACUGACGUCUUUGUUGGGGAAUGGGCGACGUUCUCCUGCCAGCUUUCUGGUAGGGCACCUGGUAAGGUGCAGUGGUGGCUGGAUGGCACAUUGCUGGAGAACAACCCCUGUAUUGAUAUAGGGGUGGAUCAGGGCUUUAUCCACACACUCACCUUUAAGAACCUGGCUACAGAUGACUCAGGCACUGUCACCUUCAAAACGGGCAACUUAACCUCAUCAGCCAAGCUCUUAGUUAAAGAUCCCAUGGUUGAGGUGGUGAACGAUAUGGAGGACCUUUGGGUGGUUGAAAACCAACCGGCUGAGUUCAUCUGCCAGUUCUCCAGGCCAGUCAAAGCUCAGUGGAGGAAAGAUGGGCAGCUUUUGCAGCCUGAUGGCCGAAGGGUGGUAGUGGAGCAGGACUGGACUGUUGCUCGCUUGUACAUUAACCAUGUUUCUGGUGCCGACACGGGAACAUAUUCCUGUGAGGCAGAGGGUACCUCUGUGGUCGCUUCACUUCAUGUGGAAGCCAAAUCCAUUAACAUUGUCCAAGGCCUGGAAAACGUGGAAACAUUUGAUGGGGGCGAAGCAUUGUUCGAGUGUGCCCUUUCUCGCCCCGAGAGCAAAGACUGUCACUGGCUUCUUGAUGGAAAACCAGUAAAGGAAUCACCUAAAGCAGAGAUUGUGUCUUUUGAAAGUGGUCGACGUCAUCUGCUGCUCCUGAAAGAUCUGCAUGACAAAGACAGUUGCACAGUAACAUUUAAAGCUGGAACAGCUUCCACCUCUGCCCAGCUCUCUGUCAAAGGCUGGAAACUGGAGAUCGUGAAGGGUUUGGAGGACAAAGUGGCCGCUGUAGGAGAGAAGGUUGAGUUUUGUGUUAAGCUUACUGAGCCUGUUCCUGCAGCAGAUGUGACCUGGUAUGCUAAUGGAGUUGAACUCAAACCCAGUGACCUCUGGGCCAUGAGGGUUAACGGCAGUUCUUAUUGCCUUGUCCUGAGACAGGCCCCACUCAUGCCCCAACAAGAAAUUACUUUUGCAGCCAGGGAUGCACUUUCUUUGGCCAAGCUUACCAUCAUCACUGUACCUGACCCCCCAGAGGAUCCAGAAGUCCUCCGUAAAACCACAGAGUCUGUCACUCUCUCCUGGUUUACUCCUUUUCAUGAUGGAGGGAGUCCUAUCAUUGGCUACAGAGUGGAAAUGCGACUUGUAGACAGCGCCCUCUGGCUUCCAUGUCAUUCUGAGCCUGUUUGCAACACAGAAUUUGUUGUGGAAAAACUGGUGCCUGGGAGUGGCUACAGGUUCAGAGUGGCAGCAAUUAACAAAGCUGGGCCUGGAGAGCCUGUUGAGCUCCCUCUGACAGUGCAGCUUGAUUCAAAACAGACAAAAGUAAUGGAACAGCCGAGUCUACCUCCCGAGUCUGCUGAGGAAGGGGAACUCCAUGAUCUGUGGGACGCAUCAGCAAAGAAACGUCGCAUGAGCAGAGAGCCCACUCUGGACCCCAUCUCAGAACAGCCUGAGGACAACAGCAAAGGCGGCAAAAAACAGCAGAAAGAGUCCGUGUCGGCAGAAAAAGUAGAAAUCACAGCAGCAGAGAAAGAGCAGGUCGAUGUGUCCAAGAAACAGACAGAAUCUGUUCAGUCCAUCAGCUCCAAGGAUGAGACUGUUACUGGCGGCUCUUCACUUGUAUCUUACCUGAAAAAGAGCAGCAAGACUGAAGCAACAGCAACCAGUGAGGCAGAGACUCUAACAGCAGAGAGGUUCUUUGCUCAUUUCCAAAUGGUAGAGCAGAAAACAGUGCAGCAGACUGAAUCAACAACAACAAUGAUUCAAAAAACAAAUGAAAAGCAACUGUCUGCUCAGGAGACCAGUAUUAUGGAAAUCACAAAGGAGGAGGAGCCUGAGCUGACAGAUGCUGCCAUCAAGAUUCAAGCUGCCUUUAAAGGUUACAAGGCUCGCAAGGACAUGCGUCCCAUCUUUAAGGAGGUCUUUAAAGACCAAACCAAAGAACCUAAUGAAACCAUACAUCUCGAAUGUGUGUCAGAAGGUAAACCAGAAAAGGUCCGCUGGCUGAAGGACGGUGAACCGCUGAUGGAUGGCAAACAUCAUCAUAUUGACAUCUACAAUGAUGGCACCUGCGCUCUGGUCAUUACUGCCAUCACCACCAAAGACACUGGGGUUUACACCUGUGAGGUUACCAACAAGUUUGGAGUAACGUCUCACAGUGCUAAGGUGACAGUGGGAACGGUGAGGGAGUCAUCAGGGCGACGACCCCUGACAAUAGGUUACAGUGCCGACAGUGAACCCGAGAGCUCUUCCGGUAGUGAGAUGGAUGAGUCGCUGAGACAGGCGAGCAGACGCCUGAGGCGCCUUCUUUGCACACGACUCCCACCCGACGUUGAGGAGGAAAUGUUCAUCAGUGCAGACGAGGGCGACUUGCGUCCCCCGGAUCCUCAUUCUUACCGGGAGGAUGAAAAUUACAUCUACAUUCGCUUUGAUUCCCAAUCAGAGGCUGAGAUUGCCUCUAAAAGAUUCCAGGAGAUGUUCACAGUCCAUGGAGUACCCGUAGAGACCGCCAUCAUAGCAGCAGGGGCUCACAAAGUAGAGCUGCGAAUUAGAAAGAUGGGCUACAUUCAGGAUGGCACACAGACCCCAACACAGGAUCGACAGCCUCCUGCUUUGUUGACUGGAGCUCCAGCUGCUCCAGUGUUCCUGACCGAGCUACAAAGUCAGGAUGUUCCUGACGGCUAUCCAGUCAGCUUUGACUGCGUUGUGAUUGGCAAGCCCCCUCCCACUGUUCGCUGGUAUAAGGAUGGAAAGCUGUUGGAGGAAAAUGACCAUUACAUGAUCAAUGAGGACCAAGAGGGCUGUCACCAGCUCAUCAUCACCUCUGUCUUGCCCACUGACAUGGGCGUUUAUCGCUGCACAGCGGAAAACAGCAGUGGGAUUGCCGCCACUAAAGCUGAACUUAGAGUUGACAUGUCAUGCAGCUCAGAUUAUGACACUGCUGCAGAUGCCACUGAGACCUCAUCGUAUGUCAGUGCUAAAGGUUAUGUGUCCAGUAGGGAAACUGAAACAUUUGAAUCCGUAAGUGAAGACGAUCAGCUACCACAAGUUGUGCACGAACUUCAUGAUGUUCAUGUCAGUCCAGGUUCGCCUAUUGCUAAAUUGCAACUCAAAGUAAAAGGGUUUCCUAAACCGAGAGUGUACUGGUUCAAAGAUAGCCAGCCUCUCCGACCAUCAGAGAGGAUUCAGCUUUUAGCAGAGAGAGAUCUUCAUGCUGUGGAGAUCCUUGAAGUGAAGAGAGAGGACAUGGGGGAGUACUCUGCUUAUAUCAGCAAUGCGGCUGGUUCUGCUUACUCCUCCGCCCGUCUGAUAGUACUGAGUCCUGGGGAGAUUAUGCCACAGGAGAAAAAAGAUUCUAAGGAGCCGCUGGUGCCUCCACGCUUCAUCGAGAGGUUCAGCAAUAGGAAGGUGAAACAAGGAGCAAGCAUCACUCUCUCUGUCAAGGUCGAAGGAUCUCCUACUCCCAUGGUCUCCUGGCUGAAGGAGAAAUCACCAGAGGAUGUCUUGUGGAUUAAACCUGAUACUAAAGGAUACAAAAUAGCCAGCUCUGGUCGCCAGCACAGCCUCAUACUGAUGGACGUAGACAAAGAGUAUACUGGCAUCUACACCUGUAUAGCUACAAAUAGAGCAGGGCAGUCGCUCUGCAAUGCUCAGCUUGAGGUGGAUGACACACCACAACUGAAGAAGAAUACUGCAGCUUCAGAGAUCCUUGGGAUUACAGUUAGUCCCCCACAAGAAGAGGCUGGCAGAGGAAGUGAGAGUAAAAUACCCUACUUAGGUGAAGUUGGCACAGAGGAAUUCCUUAUGAAACUCACUUCUCAGAUCACCGAAAUGGUUUCAGCAAAGAUCACACAAGACAGCUUACAGAAUCACGACGUGCUCCAGUGGAUGAAAUCUUGGCCCAAAUCUGCCACUUCACUGCGAGUACCAGGUGUGGACAGUGAUGAUGAGACCAAAACUCCUUCUCCAUCUCCCCAUCACGGUCGAUCUCGUCCACCUUCCCUCAUAGCAGAUUCCUCCUCAGAGUCAGAUGAUGGAGAUGCCAGAGGAGAGAUGUUUGACAUUUAUGUGGCAUCUGCGGACUACAAUCCCACCAUUGCAAGCAAAGACUCCAUCUCUCUCAAAGAGGGACAGUAUGUGGAGGUCUUGGACUCAGCUCAUCCUCUUAAAUGGUUGGUCCGCACCAAACCCACCAAAACAACACCAUCACGACAAGGCUGGGUGUCACCGGCCUACUUGGACAAAAAACUUAAACUCUCAGCGGAUGCAGGAGAUCUUCCAGAAACAAGUGUAGAAGAAGUUUCUGAAGGAGAAUAUAAGCGGAAGUUAUUCCAGCUGAUGCAGGACCUGAUAAACGGAGAAUCCGAGUUUGUCAAGGAGGUGGAGUUCUUCACUUCGCACCACAUGAAGCACGCUGACUGUCCGGAUGCUCCACCUGAUGUCUGCAGCCAGAAAGAGACCAUCUUCAGAAACGUUGAUGACAUCAAGUCCUUUCAUAGCAAGACAUUCCUUCCAAAGUUGCAUGACUGUGACACUGAUGAUGAUGUAGCAAUGUGCUUCCUGAAAAACAAGGAAGGAUUUGAACAUUACCUCCAGUAUCUUGUAGGACAGAGCCAAGCCGAAUCUGCUGUCAGUGACAAAACUAUCCAUCGUUUUUUUAAGGAGUACUCUGAGAAAGAGCAGGCGACUGCAGGCCCUGGGGAUCCUCCAGUUCGAAGCAUAAAUGCCUACCUGCAGCAACCCCUCGAGAGGAUUCAGAAGUACAAGGCCUUCCUUAAGGAUCUCAUCCGAAACAAGGCAAGAAACGGCCAGAACUGCUGCCUCCUGGAAGAGGCGUACGCCAUGGUGUCUGCACUCCCUCAGCGUUCAGAGAACACCCACCAUGUCUCCCUGAUCGAGAACUAUCCUGCUACCCUGGAAGUUCUUGGAGAACCAAUCAGACAGGGACCUUUCCUAGUGUGGGAGGGAGCACCCGGAAUUAGAACAUCCUCUAGGGGUCACCAUCGCCAUGUCUUCCUCUUCAGGAACUACUGUAUCAUUUGCAAACCCAAAAGAGACAGCAACACUGAAACACAGGCAUAUGUUUUUAAGAACAUGAUGAAGCUGAAUAACAUCGAUGUGAACGAAACGGUGGAAGGUGACGACCGGGCCUUUGAGAUCUGGCACGAACGGGAGGACUCUGUCAGAAAAUACACUUUACAGGCCCGAACGGUCAUCAUCAAGAACUCCUGGCUGCGAGACCUCAGAGAGCUGCAGCAGCGCUACAGCAUGCCUGCAUGGAGUUCACCUGAUUUUGUAGAAAUUUUGGCAAACUGCACAGCAGAGUUGGGUCAAACAAUUAAACUUGCCUGCAAAGCUACUGGGGUGCCUAAGCCUGUAGUUACCUGGUACAAAGAUGGACGAACAGUAGAGGCAGAUCCUCAUCACAUCAUCAUUGAGGACCCUGAUGGCUCCUGCACGCUGAUCCUCGAUAACAUGACUGCGGAUGAUUCCGGCCAGUACAUGUGCUUUGCAACAAGCCCAGCAGGAAAUGCAAGUACUCUUGGAAAAAUCACUGUUCAAAUGCCUCCUCGUUUUGUAAAUAAAAUGAGAAAUGCUGUCUUUGUUGCUGGUGAAGAUGCUCAGUUCACUUGUGUGAUACAAAGCGCCCCCAGCCCAAAAAUAAGGUGGUUCAAAGAGGGCCGACUACUGACUGACCAGGAGAAGUAUCAGACCUACAGUGAGGUCCGUAGUGGGGUUCUGGUUCUGGUUAUAAAAAACCUUACUGAGAGAGACCUUGGACACUAUGAGUGUGAGCUGUCAAACCGCCUGGGCAGUGCCAAGUGUGCUGCAGAUUUAGUUGUUCCUUCCACUGUGGUCCGCAGUGGGGAGCAGGCCGUCACCAUUGAAGUUACCGAACAGGAGACUAAACUACCAAAGAAGACCAUUAUAAUCGAGGAGACGAUUACCACUGUUGUGAAGAACCCACGCAUGAGGAGACACAGAUCUCCAGGCUUGAUUGUUUCUGGAGCCCACCGCUCUGAGACCUCCACCCCUGAGCCACCUGCAACCAGGCCACGAAGGAUGCCCACCCCGAGAAAGACCACCAUCCCAACCCUCUAUGUUACUGAGCCCGAGGGGGCUGGAGCCAGGGCAGCGGAGAGCAGGCCCAGGUGGGUUGAAGUGGAGGAGGUCAUUGAGUAUAAGGUCAAUAAGUCUCCCAGACUGCCCAGGAGAAGAGGAAUCUCACCUGCAGGCUCCGAUCGUGCAGCCACCCCCUCCAGACCUAAGAGGUCUCCCCUAGACUUGAAUGCUAACAACUCAAACAACAAGCUGGUGGAGCAGGCGCAGGAACAUCUGAAGGGAGACAUCAGCAGCCAGAGCAUCUCCUGGGAGGAAGACCAGCCUCAGAUCGCGUCAGGCUCUGCUUCCAGAGAACCACGUGAACUUUCAUCUAUCCUAACACUUGCUGAAGAUGCUGAUGACCAGGAUGCUCAACAAACUGUUAUCUUUGAACCAGAGGAUGAGGAUACUGAGGAGCCUGAACCAGUGGUUCUGAAACAAGGAGAUCGUAUUUUGAGUCUGGCAGACUUGGAGGAUUACAUCCCAGGAGAAGGUGAAACCUAUGGCUCCUCCAGCUCCUGUCACGUCUCUGAUGAGAAACCCUGUGAGAUUUCUGUCCUUCAGAGGGAGAUCGGGGGGUCCCAAGUGGGACAGCCAGUGCUUCUCAAUGUGGGGCGGCCUGAUAUUGUUCCAAGGCAGAGAAGCGGCUUCUUUGGCCGCUUCAGGGAGCAUCUUUCCAGCAAUGUUUUCCCCUCUGCCUCUCUGCAAGGAAGCGGAGCUCGACCCCGAACUGAGAGACAAGUCCCAAUCCAAGUGAGCCACGCAAAGCUAGAAGUGAAACCCUCCUACUGCUCCGAGGUGCAGAGAGUAGAGGGCAGGCAGCAGAGCUUUAAAACCAAAGUGUCCACUCAAACCUACGGCUACACAACAGUUGGAAAGCCUGUCACUCUUCAAAUUAAAGAGAAGCCCUUUCAAAGCCAGUAAACAUCUUCUAAUUGGUGACACAAAUCCUUAGUCUUAAAUGGAUACAUUUCUGCUUGCAUGGUUAAAAUAAUGUAACAAAAUAAUAUCUACUACAUUUAACAAACCAUUCCGUUUUGAAGCAGCCAGUCGGAAAAUAGUCUGAUCCUCAGUUGUUUUUGUGGGAUUCAGAGUUUUGUUUAGGCUAGGGAAUGUGGAAACUGCAAAUUGUAGGGAUACGUAUGUCUCUAUAGGCAAAUUUCAGUCUCAUUCUGUAAUUUUAACUGCUGCAUGACAUGCAGCAUGAAUUAAGUGGACAGAUGACAAGAAAAUAUGAAGUAACAUUUUACCGUUCAUGAGUUGGAUGUUCGUUUUCAUAGAUGUGCCGUCAUAAAAUCAUUAUAUCUGCAAUAGUAACUCAUCCAAGCAGUGAUAUUUUGAACACCUCUGACUUUAUUUCUGGAUUGUCAUUAAAUGCAAAUUAGUGUCAUAUCAUCAAGUUUGUUUGUUUUUUUACUUUUCAGAAACCUUUUUGUUUCACAGUGUCUAUGAACUUUGAAAAUGAAAAUACUUACAAUGAACAGUGAAGACUGAGUUUCUGCACUGCUUGCUGUAGUUUAGGUUCUAUCACUGAUGUGCAAUUAAAUUAUAGACAAACUUUGGUGUAGAUGUAUGAAUGAUUCCUUGGUGAGCUUUAGAUUGCUUAGUUUUUUUUCAGGUACCAUCCACUAUGCCUUAGUAAUUGAUACCUGAAACAUAGGUCCAUACUCUAUCAGUUGCUUUUCUGUUUACAAAGCUUCUUUGACAAAUGUGGGCCUUUUGAUGUUUUGCAGUUGCCUGCAAACUCACAGGGUUUAACAAGAGUGUCCUUUUGUGUGUCAGUGACAUAUUUAUGAGUGACUGCAUGUAUUUUGUAUGUAAACCAAACGUGUUAAGCAGAACUGUCUUGUAUUUAUUUGAAAAUGUUGAAAGACCUGAAAUUCCAGGACUUCACUUUCUUGGAAGACGUUGCUGUGUUUGUGUUUCUGUAUUAAGGUGUCAUCGAUUGGGUAUGGACUAUGUAUGUUAUGAUAUUUUAGGUCUCACAGAUUGUAAUUGCUUGCAAUGUUCAUGUGGGGUUGUGGACAAUAAUGUGGUUGAGCACAAAGUGCUAAAUAAAUGUACAGAAAAUA